UUGGCUGCAGAGGCAAGAGAGCAAGGAAAAAGUCGCCUAGCUGAUGAAAGUUCCAACCUGGCAUUCAUCUGUGUUUUGAGCAAGUGCUUUACGAAAAACAAUUUUGGAGGAUAAAAUCUGGCCGUAAUUCGAAUGCAACGAAAAUUCGCAACGUACAAACCAUCCGUGCUAGUGUUUUCCCCUUUUGGCGCAGAUAUAUGUCCGUUUAGCGUCUUGUGCGUGUAACUGUAGUGAGUAGAAGUUCUGCAAUUCAAGGCGAGAAAAAAUUUCACCUUCCAUUAUUUUGCUUUCUCGUCUGCAUUUUUUUAAUUUGGCUUGCGGGGUUUGUGCAGAUCAUCGUUAUCAUACAAUGUGUGAGCUUUAAUAAUAAUAGUUGGAGUGCGAAAAUAAUUCCUUGGAAUAUUGGUCUGUGGAUUCCUUGAUAUAAAAGGACUGAAGCAUUGCACAAGUGAGCCACGAAGGCACAAACCAGUGUUGGUGAAUAGAACAGGUGAAGGAGUAGUAACAGAAGGUGCUGUGUUGUGGGCUUCGUUGCGCUGAAGCAAUUAGAUUACAAGAGCUAGACUGUCGGCUUCGAACAGUCGAGUGUUGCGAAUAUUUAGCAACUGCGGUUUUGGUUGGUGCUCCUUGAACGGAUUCUGCACUUGAUGGAUCAGAAAUCGUUUUUCAGGGUAGCCUGAAUCCCGAAAUUAUACAUCUCCCUACGUGAAACCGCGAUCGAGAAUGGCUCAUAACAAUAAUACCCAGGAGAAGAAUCUAGUAAACUGGAGCAACCCGAUAAAAACGAAUCAACCGGUGCAUGCUAGCAGCUUUUUUGACCAGACAACUUCUGGCGGUAUCAAUUUACCCAAUAACACACAAUUGUCACAGGCUGGAAUUUUCUCUUCGAUUGUCUCCAAGGAUCACGAUGAAAGAAGUGUGACUGACUUAUGCCAAAAUACUAUCUACAUCAGCGAUCCAACAACCGCAAGUCAGUUUUUCACUAAGCAGAAUCUACAACAACAUCCGGGCAGAAUGGCCGAUCAAUUCUCGGCUUCAUCUGUGUUCAGUACAAGCAACAAUAACAACAACAACACCGAUGGUUGGGGUGAUGAUUGGGGCGAUUGGGGCGAUAAUACAAUGGCCCAGCAAAAACCAUCACCUCCGCAGGCUACCGCGUCUCGUCAACCGAUGAAUACAAAUCAAUACUUCCAACCGCAGCCACAGUUUCAUCAACAACAGCAGUUCUCUCCACAGCAACAAUUUCAACCGCAGCCGUUUCCUUCGCAGCAAUCGCGUUUGGAUCAGAGUAAUGAAAAUUUCGUGUCGUAUCCCACACCUGGCGAACAGCAGCAAAUCUAUCAAAGUUAUCCUACUUCUUCAACACCAUCCACGCAACAGCAUUUUUCCCCUAACUAUCCUCAGCAGCAACAGCAAACCGUGUACCCUCCAGCCCCACAACAACAACAACAUCAACAUCAACAACAACAAUACGUACAACAACCUGUUUCGACAAAUCACUACCAACAAGCGUCCCAAAGACCUCCAUCACAGCCGUCUGCCUCUAAAAUCCCACAAUACAGUCAGCAAACGCUCAAUCAAACCAUUUCCGAUAGCUUCAGCACAAGCGCGACCGAUACCUGGAACUGGAACCUUUCUACUGAUAGCCAUCAUGCUUCCAGCCCUAAGCCACCAACCUUGGAACCACAGCCCCAAUCGAAUGCAUUCAAAGAUAACAAUUUCCAUCAAGUGUAUACCCAGCAAAAUAUGCCUCUGAACAACGUUGGGAGUCAAAAUAAUACUCAGCCACAGCAGUCUCCCAAGAUCCAGGUCGCUCAGAUAGCUCGGCUAAAAAAUGAAACCAUCUCACCGCAGUGGUCUAUCGAGAGCCAAGUCUCGCAAACUUCCAGCGAUAGGUCGAUCGAAAGCGCUGAAAUUGGCGAAAGUAGAAGUUCCAAUACGAUUCCAUCCGACGAUGGAACAUCCGAAAGGAAUCGACCCCUAAAAUCAGUGGAAAAUUAUGAAUAUAUAGAACAAUGUAUGGCUCGUAGCGAUGUCCCGGCCAAACUGGAACGCAACCUGAAUCCAUUGCACAUCAAGCAGGAACGCCAACAGGAUGUUUCCGAAACAGUUGGUUCGGAAAAUUAUGCAGUACCCACUUAUCCCCCACCACAUGCAAUAGAUACCAAAAUUCCGCCUCCGGUAGCGUCCUCUGUAACUCCACCUUUACCUCCUUUUCCAUCGGAGAUUCAACCCCCGCAAGCUCCGCCACCAGCUCACACACCGCCUCCCAACAAGGAAACAAACGCAAACCCAUUCAAACGUGUAGGGCAACGUUCCCACCUCCCAACGCCUGGUCUGGGAACAACCCAACUGCCACCGCCUGUGAGUUCUAACUUCAAUCUCUAUCAGCCUCCGAGUCAACCGGUGGAAAUGGCAAAUAUAGAAAACCCUACCGUUCCUGAGAAUCAAGAAAUACCCGAAGCACGUGUUGAAAACAUCGAAAAUUUGGAACUUGCACCAAGUAAUGACCGCAACCAGUAUCUACAAACCGGUCAUUUGUCAGAGGAAGGUUAUAAUAUAUCGCAAGCGGCCCCCUCCAAUGAUCAACCUGCUGGGGACGAUAGUCUUCCACCUCCUGGACUGUCACGUUACGUUCCAGGGCAGCAACAAUCGGAAAAUAAUCAACAACUUGUGUCUAGCCACUUUCCGGAACCUCCUCCGGGAUUGGAUCGUAUGAUUCCGGGAACGGAUCUGGAGAACAACACUGAUCCUCACAUGGAGCGCCAGAUUGAUGGGGAAGUGUCAGACUCCGCGUCUAACUCUAAUGUGCGGACAGGAUUUUCUUCUGUUUCGCAAACCCAACAAGAUCAUCGUGGUGGCGAUGGCCACCGUCACCGACAACCAGAGGAAAUUAUUGAUCGCAACCUAUAUUUGGUACCUGGGGAAAGCGAUACGCAUCACAACCAGCAGCGCGUUAUACCUGGCGUAGAGGAUGAUCGUCCGAUUCAAUCAGCCAACAGCGGUAGCAACUAUGCUGCCCAAGCACAUGUAGUGCAAACACCGGUAGAGAUUCCAAUCAACGAACAGCAGCGUGAACUUGUUAUGGAUGGUGCGAAUCCGCACGAUCCGCCGCCACUGGUCCCUACAGAAAUUGCGCGGGAUGAACCGAUCGAAGGCGGAAAUCCUCUUGACAAACCAGCUGUGAUACACUCGGAAACGGUAACGAUUCCGGAAAUUGAUACCAAUAUCCCCAAUGAGGCCCCAAGAAAAGAUCCAUCCAACACAUCCACGGCGGACGAGAGUGACAAAGAUCGACCGAUGUUGUACUCCAAAGAUAAAUCUUCGCGGCGGGAUGACGAUCCUCUGCGGCGAUCAAUGAGGAGUAAGAGUUCGAGAGAUCGCUAUGAUACGGAGGACUCGGAUUACAGUGAUCGGGCGCGGCGACGGCGAGAACGAGAGAGUAGUGGUGGGGUGGAGGGACAGCACAGGGAACGUAGAAGAGGUGAUCGAGACAAUGAUAAGGAACGUAGGAAGGAUGGUGGCAGGGAUCGAGAUCGGGACCGGGAUUAUGAUUAUCGUGAUAAAGAGAAGAGCAGAUACGAUCGCGAAAGGGAGCGCUACGGCCGAAGCAACAAGUAUGAUCGUGACAGUCGCUAUGAGACCGAUGGAUCUAAAUAUGAAACUGAAAGAUCGGCACGAUACGAUAAGGAUGGAGACGGUAGCAAAAGAUAUAUGACCAGAGAAGAGUACUACCGCAAACGGGAAGAACGUGUCGGCGCUGAAGAUCGCCGAUAUCGUAAGGAGAAAGAUCGCGAAAGAGGUGAUCGCUAUCGAGAUGAGAAGAAAAAAGAUGAUCGCUAUCGAGACAACGGCGAUAAGCGUCGCGAUCGGCACGACCGGCGCUACGAGUAUGAGGACUACAGAACCGGCAGUCGUAACGGAUUUGAAAGAGAUCGUGAUCGAGAUCGUAUGCGUGACAGCCGGGAACGCGAUGAUCGAAAGGAGCGUGACAGAAAAUACCCUCCAACUGCAGCUUAUGGAGUUCCGUAUAGCGGUGGCUCCGGAUACUAUGAUCCGUAUAACUUAUAUACCCAGCACCAGCAAUACUAUGAACAAUUGCGACGGACGAACCCACAAGCGUAUGCCGAAUGGUAUCGUACAUACUACAGUCAAAUUCAAGCCGCUCAGAUUCAGCGUGAUUUGCUCACUAGCGAUGGACGGGAAUCGGUGCACUCUGGGCGUAGUUCUGCUAAUGAUAAGGAACGGUUUAACCGCACGACACCGUUCCUCCAUCAGCCCGGCAUGUACAAUCCGGAAGACUAUCAUCGUCAUUUCAAUAAUCAAUCGCAACCAUCCGUCAUGCUUAAUCAAAGCUUCCUCAGCGAAGUGUCCAAUCAACCUUCGACACUGCCAAUGUAUCAACAUCAGCAAGCGAUCGCCUCGACCGGUACAUUCCAGCAGCAACCACAACAACAGCCACGGGCUACACCGUUGGUCAUGGACAGGUCAUACAAUGCUGAUAGUGGAUAUUACCAGCCAAGAAUUGAUAACACGGAUGGCUCACUCAAACAGGAGCCCAGCACGAUAGCGAUGAUGGAACCAGAGCGGCUAACUCCACGCAAGUUCCCAGAGAUUCAUCCCAUCGUCAGCAUAUCUUGUGGACUGCUUGUGACUGCUAAAAAUCGACUAACAAUCAAUGGAACCACUGACUUAGUGAAGAUUUUCACCCUGGGUGCUAACGAUCCUACACGCAAGUUAUUCCAAUCUUAUCCUGGCCCGCUGAUGAAACAUAAGACUCACAAAAAAUCUGUAAUCGAGUUCUGCGAAGAGCAACUGCGCAACGGUCCUCCCUAUUGUAACGGACACACGGUAAUGAAAUCUCGAGGAAACUCCAUCAACAGUUUGCACUCAAUUGGAUCGAAUGUAAAUCGUGCAUCAUUCACAUUGCUUUGGAAUUAUAUUAUACUUCUGCUGAGACAAAAUGGAACAUUCGUCGGUACCGACAUCUCGGAGUUGUUGAUGCAGAAUAAAACAGAGUUUCCAUUUGAGCCGCCCCAAGUCAGCUUACGGUCGACAAAUGUGAGUGGUAGAAAUUCUUCACUUUCUACCACCGAUCGCAGGGUUCGGGAAGUUGACGCCGAUGGACAUUUGCAGAACGAAACCGAUGAAUGUCCAGAAAAUGUUGAAACUUUGGCUAGAGAAAUUGAAUCACGUUCGCCACAGGAAAAGAAGGAGCCAUUGAGCGAAGUGGAAAUUACAGACAAAUUUCGCAAUUAUCUCAUCUAUGGCAACAUCAGUGACGCACUCGAGUGGGCAACCGAAAAUAACCUAUGGGGUCACGCUCUGUUUCUUGCCUCGAAGGUUGAUUCCCGACAGCAUGCGAAUGUGAUGAUGAAGUUUGCCAACAAACUAACGUUGAAUGAUCCAUUGCAAACGCUAUAUCAGCUACUCAGUGGCCGAACUCCAUCGGCGGUGACUUGUGUCCUCGACGAGAAGUGGGGCGAUUGGCGACCCCACUUGGCUAUGCUAAUGUCGAAUAGUUCCGCUAAGCCGGAACUGAUCAAAAAGUCGAUCACUACUCUCGGCGAUUCUCUGUACAACCGAGGAGAUCUGUACGCUGCCCACUUCUGUUAUCUGCUUUCGGAUGUUACGUUUGGACGAUUCUCUGACGUCAAGCAGGAUGGUGGUGUCACGGUUACGGCCAAUACGGUUGUGAGAUUGAUUUUGCUUGGCUCGUCACAUUUGCAGCGUAGUUUCAAGGAGUUCUCUGUGAAUGAAUCGAUCAUGAUGACGGAAGUGUACGAGUAUGCUCGCUCGUUGAAUGAAGAGCGGUACUCCAUUACGGAAUUGCAGUACUACAAAUAUUUGCUAGCGUGUCGUAUGUUGGACUAUGGAAUGCAACUUAAAUGUUUGCUCUAUAUGGAACAAAUUGCAGAGCAGAUUCAACUCGAUCCUUACGUUUUCGAUUCUGAGUUCAUCAAGAAGGUAUACACUCUCGGCGAUCGCCUCAAGUACUAUGAUCCAGUGUUAGAAAAAGCGCUGGAUGAAUCCGUGGAUAACAUUGGACAGGGUAAUAUUUAUUCGAAAGUGGAAGAUCCUAUCUGGUUGCAGCGAUUAAGUUCUAUACUUCAUGGUCAUAAUUCUACACGCUCUUCCAAUGCCCUGGACCAAGCAAAUUCAGCAGGAACACAAGACUACAAUAGUAGCAGCCACUAUGGUAGUUAUACGGGUUAUACCGCUGAUCAAUCAUCCCAACAACAACAGCUAUCACAGGUCGCUAGUCGAGAACAAUCACUUGGACCGACAGACAUCAACGAACAGUUUAACGAAAUAAGCCAGCAGUUAGGUCAACUGAAUUUACAAUAUACUGACGGAUAUGAUCAAUCACAACAAAAGGAUCAAGCGUCUACGCAUCUUCAGUACGAUAAUCAAACAGCAGCCCUAAGUUAUGAUCAGGAUUACGAUCCGGCCCAUCAGUCUUCUUUGCCGGAUGAAUCUCAUCUGAAUCAACAACAGCAAGUGCAGCCUGACACACGAGAAGGCUAUGAUCAGCAACAACAGGCGUAUGCCUAUGGAUAUAAUGCUUCCCAAGGACAACCAACCAUGUUUGCACCGACACCAGUAGCUAGUCAGGAUAUGCAGCAAUCAAGCCCGUACGGCUACUGGGGAGCAAACUCCGAGCCGGUUUCGAAUCAAAUCGCGUCCGCGUCGUCCACUAGACAGAGUUCCUCGCCAGCUCGCUCAGCCGCCAUCAUCGCUGCUGACAGUUCACACGAGUACGAGGAGAAACUCCCCGAGUCUUCGUACACUUCAUCACCAGUACCGCUCAGAAAAGAUGAUUCGCAAGAAUUGUUGUGCCCUUCACCGCAACCAAUUUUUAGUGCCGGCGCAGCGGUGGCAUCGGGCGGUGCUGGUGUCUCCUACGUUCCACAGCCUACGAUCUCGAUGCCAAACUCCAACCGGUCGGGAUAUGAUGAUGAGAACCAUAGAACGUCUACUCAGCAUAGCCCUCAUAGCGCUCACCCUCAGCAGCAGAAACAUCAGGAUCAAAUUGGGGUUGAACAGUCGAUCUCCGGUGAUCCAACCAAGAGAGGUCCAUCAAACAAGGAUAGUAAACCAGCUGUCAAUAGCCAAAGUGCCAAUUCUGGUUGGUUCGGUGGGAUAUGGAAUAAACUUUCAUUGAAACCAAAAAAUCAGAUGAUUCUACCGGACGACAAAAAUCCAACCAUCGUGUGGGAUCCCGAGAAAAAACGAUGGGUGAAUACGGAAUCCGACGAGGCUGUUGAGGAAAGUUUUAAACCACCACCAAAAAUGGCAGACCUAAUGCCAACAAGUUCUGCUCCACCUCAGGCGUCAACUCCGAUUUCUCAUUCUAUAGCAACAAUCCCCUCACCAACUACAUAUGCGGCGGAACCAUCGCCACAUGUUGUUGAACCACCGUCUGAGCAACCGUUAACAAUGAGCCAAGGAACCAACCAAUCAUCGACAACGAAAAUAGGCGAACCGACGAAGGUUCCCACGUUGCAAUCGAAUAUGUUUAAAAUGCAGAGGAACAGAACUUUGAAAAAGUCUUAUGUCGAUGUGUUUAAUCCCUCUGGUGCCGCUCCAAGUCGGCCUGCUGAACCUAUUCUGGCCCCUAAUAUUCCGACAAUGCAUACACCCCAGGGUGGAUUCUUCGUGCCUGGGCCGACGUCUGCUAGUGGGCCAUCGAUCGAAAAUUCCGCUGAGGGCGGUCCACAGUUCUACAACCCUAAUCAGUACGCUGGAGGAUAUCAGCAGUAAGCAGUUUUAUCAUAUGAAAAAACAACUUCGUGUCAGGAAAAAGCGUAUAAUGAAAAGAUGUGACAAAACAAAUCAGAGAAAAAAAUCGAGCGAUAUAUUACUAUGCUUUAAACAAGUAGAUUCGAUUUGUGUAAAACGCAAGCUAUGAAACAGUAGAAUGAUUCAAAAUCUCUUCGUUGUAUUGUUUUUUUUGUAUGUUUGGAAAGCAAAAAAAAAAUCACUGAGGACUGUGCAAUUUUUUUAGGAGCCCAUAAAGAGAAAUAUUAGACAAAUUAUUCAUUUGUGUCUUUGACUUUUUAUGUACAUGCUUUCACUGCUUCGUGUGUGAUAGUUAAGGUGAUGAUAGUUUUGUUUAGUUAAAUAUUAGGUAUGUAUCAUAUAGGUUUGCAUGUAUUUUAGCGUCUAGUUUCGCAAAACUUCCUACAUCUUAUGAAAAUAAAUAUUAGCUAGAAACAGUUCGUAUCGGUUACCCAUUUCAUGCAAUUACAUUGUUCUUGUAGGAUUUUUGGUUUCUAACAUGGGGGAUCAUAGCUUUUGAGUUGAUUUAUUUCGAAUUGCUCAUUUUAUUUAUGUUAUCGCAUUGAUAAAUGGAAAUAUUGGAUGAUGACAAACUAAGACCUACUGCUAGCAUUACAGUACACAUGUGUUUAGAUAGCUUGAUUGUAAAGAGAAUGUAAUGUAAAUUUGAAAUGUUCUGAUAAUCCGUUCGUGAAUUUGGUAUGCUACGAUGUAAGGAUGUAAAAAUAGAAAGACAACAGAAAAUAUCGACCUAGUAUUGUUUAGUGUGCUUAUUGCCUUUUUAUUUUCAUAUUGAUUUUGUGUUAUUUUAGUUACACUAUUAUUCUUUGAACCAUAGGUGCAAGUUUUUUUGUCAACACUGAAGUUAAACUUUGUGUUUAUAUUAUUUAAAUAAAACAAAAAUAGUGUGAUGGAGUGAUGAAAACAUACCGAGGAUGAUCAUAUUCAUUGGUAUUUUCACUGUAUUAGAUAGCACGUAAUUGAGAUAGUAGCUAUCAUUUUCCAAUGAUUGUAUGCAUAAAGAGGAAACUAACGGAGUCCAAAUGUACAUUUUCUUCACCAGAAUAUAGAGUAUCAAAAUAAAUAUCCAUUAUUCAUUGAAGUA